AUGUCUGUUUAUUCGCAUUCUAGCUUUACCUUGGAGUUACCUGGCUACAAUCAACCUGCGACGAUUGAGGCAGAUCCGUUACCAGGAUUUCUGUUAACGCACGAACCUAUGUUCUGCGUUUGUCCUCAUUGCGGUUUUGGAGGACAAUCAGAAACUAGAAAAACGCCGGGAACAACGACACAUUUAGCUGCAAUUUGCAUUGCUUGCUUCUUCUUUCCAUGUAGCUGCCUUCCUUACUUGACUGAAUGCUUUCAGGAUCUAGGGUGGACCAUAUCGGUUGGGAGCUGGCAAAAAUCCUAUAAGCCAAUCAGAGACCAUUCUGUCCCCCAGAGCCUCCAGCCCCAAGCUUUUGGCCACCCUAUCUUCAGGAUACUCAUCACACUUGUUCAAGCUAUAUUAAGAAUUUUUGGUAUAAAAAGAAUUUUUCGGAAAUCAAGGAAGAGAGCAAAAGAAUCAAAGAAAGAAAAACGAGGAAAUCCAAAAAAGAAGAAAAAAGAGGAUCGAGAGAAGAUGGAUGCUCUAGAAGCUGAAUUAGCCGCACUUCAAGCCGCGCUGAAAGGAGAUGAGGAUAAUAAAACGGAAAAUAAGCCACAGACAAAAGAGGAGGAGGAAGUCGACUGGCCCGAUGCGCCCGACUUAGAUACGUGGAUUUCUCAAACGCACAAGGAGCCAGAGAAGCCGAAAGAGCCGACACUUGAAGAAUUAGAGAAAGUUUCUGAAGGAACAUCAUCAAACCGUUCCUCUGUGGCAACAUCUUCGUCGAACUCCUGCAAUCCUCCUUCAAUCCCCGACCCUCCAAAAACUCCACAAGUCCCUCCACCUGUCGCUUCCGCUCCCACUCCCCCACCACCUCUUCCAACCCGAACAUCUGACAGUUCAAGCACUAUAUCUAGCUUGAAAAGCCUGAAGGAACAGAACUCUAAGGCCGAACAAGAGGCGGAUCAGCUGACGGAAAUUCUGAUGACGAGUUUGGCGAAUGGAACCGCCGCAAAGGUCGAAAAACAGGAGUUCAAAGCAAAUUGCUUCAAAUGCAAAGCCGAUAUUUCCUCGCACGAGUCGGCUUGUUCGGCGAUGGGCAAUUAUUUUCAUAUCAAGUGCUUGAUCUGUUUGAAAUGCGAAAAGAACAUCCAUGGUGAAGAGUUUAUGGUAGUUGGGGACAACAAUCCUUACUGCUCGAAAUGCUAUCUUACUACGCUGGAAAAAUGCAACGCCUGUGGGGAACUGAUAAAAAGUCGAAUCCUUCGAGCGGUUGGCAACACUUACCACCCUGAGUGCUUCAAAUGCACAAGUUGCAAGAAAAGCCUUGAUGGACUGCCCUUCACGCAAAACAACGAAAAACAACCCUACUGCGUUGAAUGCUUUCAACUGGCGUAUUCUCCAAAAUGCGAAGCCUGCAAGCGACCAAUCGUGCCAGAAGCAGGAGAAACAGAAGCUCUCAGAAUCAUCGCGCUAGAAAAAUCGUUCCAUAAAUCCUGCUUCGUCUGCGAGAAAUGCAAGGUCCUGCUCACCGAUAAAGCUGCUGGCGGUUGUUAUCCAGUCGACGCGUCCCUCUUUUGUAAAAACUGCUCUACAGAUGCUAUCAAUUCAAGAAUGAGUUAA